GCAAGUGGACCUUGGCGGGGCUUCAACACAGAUCACGUUUUUUCCUGGGUUCGCUGUAGAUGAUAGCAGCACGGCAGCCCUCCUCAGGCUGUACGGGACCAACCACUCCAUUUACACCCACAGCUACCUCUGUUACGGGCAAAAGCAAGCCCUGAAGAUGCUCAUGGCAUCCCUACAGCAGGUAACCACCUCCAGCCUUCAGAUACCACAUCCCUGCUACCAGGGAUACCAGGAGAACGUCACCACAGCGGACCUCUACAAGAGUCCCUGUGUCCGCGCACCAAGCACACCCAGCCCCACACAGGUCCUCACGGUGACGGGAACAGGGGACCCUGCAGCGUGCAGCACCGCCAUAAGCCGUGCGGCGUGCAGCACCGCCAUCCAGAAACUCUUCAACUUCAGCUGUGGGGCCAACAGGACAUGCGGGUUCAACGGGGUUUAUCAGCCGCCCGUGCGGGGACAGUUCUUUGCCUUUUCGGGGCUUUAUCAAAACCUUCACUUUCUGAACCUGGCUGGAGGGCAGUCCCUGAGCUCGGUCGAUGCCACCGUCAGGCAGUUCUGCACCAGCAGCUGGGAGAAGGUGCAGAAGGAGUUCCCCACCAUGAACAGGACCCACCUCCGUGACGCCUGCGCCACCAGCUCCUACAGCCUCACCCUUCUCCUGCAAGGCUACAAAUUCAACCGCACGCUGUGGCUUAACGUCCACUUUGUCCGGCAGGUCGCUGAUGUAGACGUGGGCUGGACUCUGGGCUACACGCUCAAUCUCACAAACAUGAUUCCCUCGGAGACUCCCCAGAGAGUUGUAGGGCUCCAGAGAAGCAACUGGAUAGCAGCCACAGUUUUACUGGCCAUCAUGCUCAUCCUCAUCUUCUGCCUGCUCACAGUCUUAUGCUGCCAGAGAAACUCCUCUGGUUAUGAGACUCUCUAG